CACACAGAUCUAAGCCAGCUGCCAUGGUUUAAACACUUCAUUGCAAGAAGAGUGAAAGAGAAGGGGAAGCCGCAUGCAUCCCCCUUACCAGUGUGCUCGGAGGACACUUGCAAAGCAGGAGCAGACUCUACAAACACGAGACGGGCACCUAGGAAUGGUAGAUUUACAUGUUUGUUGGUAGGUAGAAGCAUUUAGGAGUCAGAUUUCUCAAGACUCAGAGGGCACUUUCUGCCCUGACAGGAGGGGUGUUCUUUCAAGUGACCUCUGGGGGUUAAGCAGAAUCAGUUAGUGUGAAGCUCUGUGGAGGAGGGGAGGAGGGAACAGGCAACAGUUAGUGGGAGGUGGGAGGCCACAGUGGGGCUCCUGCACUUCUUAAGAAGGAGACGAAGCAGUCGCCGGGAAGCAGGGGAAAGAGGAGGAGAUGGCCACGGGAGAAAUCACCACACUUCCCUCAACACCUGAAGACGGCGGCAGCGGUGGCUUCACUCCCGGAGGCUUCAAGGAUCCCAAAAGGCUGUACUGUAAAAACGGGGGCUUCUUCUUGAGGAUAAGGUCUGACGGGGGAGUGGAUGGAAUCCGGGAGAAGACCGACCCCCACAUAAAGCUUCAGCUGCAGGCGACCUCAGUGGGGGAAGUGGUCAUCAAAGGAGUUUGUGCAAACCGCUAUCUGGCCAUGAACAGAGACGGACGACUGUUUGGAGCGAGACGAGCUACAGACGAAUGCCACUUUCUGGAGCGACUCGAGAGCAACAACUACAACACCUACCGCUCCAGGAAGUACCCCCACAUGUACGUGGCACUGAAGCGGACUGGCCAGUAUAAGUCAGGAAGCAAAACGGGACCGGGCCAAAAGGCCAUACUUUUUCUUCCCAUGUCUGCCAAAUGCUAAUCUGGGAUCUGGUUCGGAAAUAUUUAAGCCUUAACUCCAGCGACAAAGAAGGAGAUGUGACGGCAAUGAAGACAACGUGCUCCAUCAACAUUGCCCAAAAAUAGCUGUGAUGCUUUCUGACUGUUCUGUUCGCUUGUUAUUCAGCUUCACUUUCACACAGUGGUGUACGUUCAUACCUGGGUUUUACUGCGGCAGACAAGCUCCCGCACAAGAGCGGCUGGAACCGACUGCCCAAGUGAAAUCCUUCUAUGGCACCACAGCUUUACGUUACUUUGACCUGUAGGGAUCAGUCCUCUCUGAAUGGGAGUUCAAAUAUGUCUCCUGAGGUAAUAAGGGAUAGAGAAAAGCACUAACUGGUAAAAGCGACACAUUAUAAGCUUGAAUGAGAGAAAAGGGAUAUUAAAAUCCAAACUACACAUAUUAAAAUCCAAAAACAAGCACAACUUUUAGCACAACUCAUUAUCUAAAGGAACUUAAAGGAUACAGAGAACAUUUCCUGAGCUUGUUGUUAUUUUGUCUUCUAGUAAAACUUGGCUCCCUUUUCUGCUUUUAUGAAUUGAGAUUUGUGCAAAAAGUCCAAAUGCUGAGUGGCACUGAGGAAAAAUACAAGAUUGUUACAGGAUACAGGAUUAGCAUGAACGAUCAAGUCCAUAACAGGCUGGCUACAAACUUCAUCAUUUGAGUUUUAGCUCACACAGGUGAUGAGCUAAUAAAUUAAAGAGUGGCUAAAAAACAAGACUGAGUUUUGAGCUGUACCAUGAGACAUUAAACCAGCUGGUGCACAACAGCAGUGGACUCCAAAACAUGGCCGCCAAAAAACGCUCAACAAACCAUUAAAAAGUCUGCGGUCUCACAGAUACCACAGUUUCUUAAAGUUCAUAAAGUGAACAUUGAAGAAGUUCACAGUCGAUUGCACCACAGUUCUUCAACAGUAACAGUUAGUGUGAGAAAGACACUACAAAGAUCACUUCAGUCAUAAAUAGAGUUAAAUAUAAGAAAUCAAGACAUCAUCGUCAUCAUCACGUCGUUGAUAGCUAGCUAGCUAGGGUUUCAGUGUUGGAGGAAGCUGCCGGUGGUACAGCUGGUAGAGCGUCCCCGAGUAGACAGCAGGCAGCUCCACCAUGGCGAGGUCGAUGUGGUCGAAGCCUCGCUCCAGGCCUUGAAGGAGAAGCCGAGCGACGCGGGUGGUGAUCGGCGUCGUCUCGUUGGUCUUGGCCAGCUCGGUGAGGUCGAGCCACUCGCAGCGCAGACACUCCUGCGUGCAGAAGUUGAUGUCGUAGGUGACGGGGCUGAGGCGGCAGAUGAUGUACAUGUCGGACAUGCCGAAAGCGCCGGGGUGGUUGUGCUGCUGCCGGAUGCUGAGCAGAGACCUGAACUCGGAGCGAACGCCAGUUUCCUCGUAGACUUCACGGACUGCAGUGGCACCUAUGGGAGAUUCAGCACAGUAUAUAUCAAAUGUGUGUUUUUAAAUGACUCCGGCUAGGACAAUACUUUGUUUCAGAUAUCGCGUUUUCAGAUAGAAACAAAAAGAGAAGAAAUACUUUUUUAUGUAAAUAGAAAACUCUGACGCUGCUUCUUGGGAGGGGUCUUAUAUAUGUAACACUAAAGCUGCUUAAGAUGUUCAAAAAGGUGAAUUUGGAUAUAUAAUUCUUUGCAUAUAUUAUAUACCUUGUUUUGUACAGUUCAAUGAAUGUAUAUCAUCUUUAAACGUUAUAGUAAAACUGAAGGAUUGAGCUCCAAGUACUGUAUUAACUGUUCGCUCUGCUGAGCGGGACACUCACCAAUAUUUUCUCCUGGAUCGGACAAGCCGCCGGGGAACUUCCAAGCAUUUUUGGUCUGAAAACACAAGAAGAAGAGUUCAAAUGUAACACCUCUUGUGACAGAUGGCACUGCUGUAAAUGUACCUUAGACUAACAUCCACAUUUAACUUCAAAAAGUGAUUAAUCGAACCUCUGCAGCCCAAUUUAAAGCCCCUUGUUAUGUAAGUGGAUCUAACUUUUCUUUCUUAAGGAAGAGCAAGUAGUCAGUCAUGUGUUUCAAUCAACAUCUGUAACUGAUGCGUCUGAAGUAAUGCUUUCAGGGCAGAGAGACUCUUUUGAUACGAUGAAGUGUGUCUUCCAAAAACUGUUUCACCACUUAUCCUUUAUAUAUUUAAUAACAGAAUGCUGCUGGUUAAGUUAAGACAUCAGUGUUGUAUAUAUUUUUGUAGUUCCUUAAAGAAUUUUGUAUGCUAAGCUAUUAUGCUAUCUUAGAUUUUCCUUGUUUCGCAAGAACUCCCUAUGUGAGAGAACACAGAUGCACUACAGCUUUUAUUGUGUCAUGUAUUGUCAACAGAAUGCUUUAUUUUUGGAGCUGUUUCGAACAAAUGUUUCGAGGAAGAAAUAAAGAAAAAUAUUGUGUAACUCCAA